AUGUACCUACCAUACCAGGGUUCACCGCCUUUCUUGCCGAUCUUUUCAACGACUUUUCGGCAGGGCGUCGUCCCCAGUUACUACUACGAUGAAGUUGAGGAGAAAACAGCCAUCAUGCCCUCCGUGUUGCUGUUCGGCCCCACGCCUGGUUUGAGGAAAUUCAUCUAUCGGGUACGCUUGCAAGAACACGGGGAAAACGACCCAAACUUGACCAUUGGGCUGGUUGCUGUCACGGGUCCCGAACGGCUUACCUAUUAUUUCAAAAACGAUUGCCUUCCCGCCAUGCCAUCGGCGGUAGCUUGCCUCGGUUUCAUCCUUCUGUUCACCAUCAUCUUCUUCAUCAACUCUCUCUUCUUCACAAAGGCUUCAUUGACCGCCCGACGCUACACGACAGUCUACUUGAUCGUGGACACCAUACGCUCCAGGAUCAAAGGCAACACCUCAGCAGUACCCAAAAUGUUGAGAAAGUUCUUUAUUGAGAUCUCGGACUCGGACAUGGAUGUUCCUUUGGGUAUUCAACAUGUCACAACGCAGGGGAGCGGAGGGACAUUACUUAACACCCAAAAUGCAUCUGCUCAACAUGGGAUUUCCGUUGGGCUUAAGACUCCCCCGGAUUCUCACAUGGAUCGUAGUGCUCAAUCUCCAAGGGAACCCUGGGAUCCUGGAUUUCAAAGACUUAUCGCCGUCGCCCAUUUGGAAGUUGGACGACGACCUCUGAAGAUGACGAUGACGAUGAUUAUGAUGACCAAGACUACAUCGACGACGACUCUCAUGUCCACCCUACUCCGAGUUCUCAGCGCAGGUCACCCGUUCCAGCAGCUGUCGACAAAGCACAAGUAUAUAAAGCAUACUCGGUUCUUACUAUCACCAUGCGCUAUUCCAAGAUCCGGAACAAAGACGUCCAUGUCCGAUUCUUCACUUCCUCCGACGGCGCCUCUCAUAUACACUCACCACCUUCGAAAACCCCGUGUUGGACUUUUGAGCCUGAGGAUUUGUAUCUACAUUGGUAAGGACCAUCUAAUGUCAACGUGUGGAUCUGGGAGCGGCGAGACAGGUGGUACCUGGCGUCCGAUCCAAGCAGGGUAUUCGCACCCUCGCCUGCCAGGGCAUCAGUUCCAAGUGCUGAAGAGCGCUAGACCGACGUGGAUUAUGAGGUUGACAUGGCAGAAAAGGUAUCGGCGUGGUUCAAGUAUAAUUCACGUGUCCCCGACGAAGUUCCAGCUUCCUAGCAUAGGUAUGGUAGGAGCUUGGAACGUAGGUCUUUGCCAGUGCCCCCUUCGAGGUCUCCGUCUUCCUUCACACACGUCUGGGAAUGGGGGGGAAACAGAUAAUGGGGAAAACUUUGUUCUGAACGAGGGUGAUUUUGACAGGUUUGAACUAUUCAAAAUCCACCGUCCUGUCAAAAAUAUCCUUCGACGCCGAAUAUGGGGGUUCGAGUCGGGCCAAAACUUCCCUGUUCAUUGUCUACAACACAACUAUUUCUCUCCCAACUCUAUUAGCAUUGAUGUGGAGAGGAGGAGCAGGAACAUCAGCUUCGAUUCUACCUCAAAUAGCAAUGGAGGUGUAACGGCUUCUCUUGAAUGGUCUUCAAGCGCAGAGGACGGCAAUGACGAUCAGGAAAGGAGGAAGGAGCCCUGGUGCUGGUCGUGGUCCGAGUACCAAUAUGAGGAAAGAGCCGGAUGCACGGACAGAAGGAGAAGAAAGGAUAAAGUCGCCCCACCCAGCUCGUCUCCUGUUUUACCCACACCCAUACUUACGCCUGUACAUCCCGGCUCUGGCUCGCACUCCCAUUGGUACUGCCUACGGGGCACGGAUUCGCCAUCCGUUUCUACGCAUUCUGGGUCGCCAUUCGCUUCCACACUCCUCAAGCUUACUUCCCAAAUAGAUUUCAGAGCUUUAGGCAUGCGCCCUCCGUUCGCUCAAGCCCCAAUUGAAACAGCAGGACUUGAGGAGCUUGGAUACUGCCAUGCGCUUCUACCUCUAUCUCCAACAGAAUCCUCAAGUUCCGUGCCCCCCAUUUUAAUCCUGCUGGGCGUAGGCGGUCCAGGCCAACAACUCGCGCGUCCCUUUCCUCCUCCGCCACAUAAGGGACAACUUCUCGUAGACCACCCUCUUUCCAGCGCGGAUGUGGGUGGAGAAUGGAAGCGGGCGGGCAUUGCAACGACGGCGACCGAUUCUGGGUUUGUUAUAGAUCAUCCUAGGCCACAGCCUGGGGUUGGAGUUGAGGGGUUGGUUGGGUAUUAUGAUCCAGGAGGAGGGGGAGCGUCAUCACCAGACCCAGACCUAUUACCAGAACCAGAAACAGAAAUGGAAGGAGGGAACGACACCGCUCCAUCCCAAUCAUCCGAAGGUGGGGACGAGGAUUCGAGCAUGGCGGACCUUCUGCUCCUCUAUCACCACUCUCCUGCUGCACGCCCUAUCCCUAUAACGGGAGCCGAGGCGUGUGAGUUGGAGUUGGGUGAGACUGUUAAGCGUGCUGGCGUAUUCGAUCUUGACCCACCACGAGCAUCAUCGGCCUUAGGGUUCGGAGAUGCUUCAGCUCUGGAUUUGGGCCCACACGCAACAGAACACGCCCUCCUUGCAACGCUCACAACCCGCCAACAAGCCCUAGACCAACGUGAGCUUGGAUUGGCGGCUAGACAGGAGAGGAUUGAGGGAAUGGAGGAGAGGGUUGGGGAGGUGCAGAGGGGUGUUGGGUAUCGUGAGGAUGUGGUUGGGCGACGUGGGGAGGUGAUUGAAAGGAGGGAGGAAGAGGUAGAGCAGAGGGAGAUGGUGGUUGAAAGGAGGAAGAUGUCCGAGGGAGGGAGAACGGGCACUUGAUCAGAGAGGUUCUGAGCUUGGAGAACGUUCUAAACGGGUUCAAGAGCUCGAGGAAACGCGUGAUGCUCGAAUUGGUGCUCCCAACGCGUCCACUAUGUCGAAUUCAUGGCCCAUCACUGUUCUUCGGUCCGUUGUCGUUCACGUAUUGGGCGACAAGAUGUCUUCCUUCUUCUUUUCCUUCUUUAACACAAGUCCUUCCACCUCCUCCAACCCAAACUCUUCCACCACCACCACCACCACCACCACCACCACCCCUCAGAGAAGACCCAGACGCGACUGGGAAGCCCGACGCGAUCUAUACCUAUCGACAGGCGGACGCGGGAGCUACCUCGUGCUCGUUGGGAUUGGCGUGUGUGCCAUUCUGUUGAAGGUGCUUGUGAGGAGGUUGACUGGGUUUGGGAUUUGGAGUUGGUUGAGGAGGGGGAGGAGGUAGCGUUGACUAAAUUUGAGGGCGGGAGAUGCUUUACAGUCUUAUGACUUUUAUGAUCUUUACGACUUUUUUCACGAUCUCUUUUUGAUUGACGCUGACGAGGAAUUGAAUAAAUGUACGCGCGCGUAUGCGAGCGUUUUUAGUUUUUGUUCGUGUAUAUCUCUUACUUAUACCUUAUGUAUCGCUUGAAUCUUUGAAUAGGACUGAAUGUUUGAUAGCGUC